AGUUGUGGUUUUCAAGGUUGUCGAAUCCUUCGGUGAUUUCAAAGUAGCGAGUACUGAGUUAGAUUCUCAAUUAUCCAUUUCAUUGUAUACAGUCGUCAAACCGUUAUUGGCAUAAUAAUCAACAAUUUCACGUCAGUGUAAUUAUAUCUUGGAUGACAAAAAAAUAUAACAAACCAUGCUUUUGUUUGACAGUACAAUCAUAUAAAAAUGCACCUACACACGUUUUCCACCAUCAUUAUUUAAUUUACCCAGAUUUCUGUUCCUCAUUUGAUAAUUCAUAAUUAUUCAACGUCACUUUUUGUAUUGUGCUGAGCGCUCAUUACUAAAGUUAAGGUAAAAUACGCGCGUAUUUCUAAGUUAGUGGAUUUCUUCACAUAAGAGUUUGUCAUCGCGGAGCUUCAUAGUACCAUGUUGUAUUGCCCUACGAUAACAUUUUUCGCCCAAGAAUUUUUGGCACUGUUCAUGGAAAUUUACGGUGUGUUCUAGACGUUUAUUGUUAAACAAACUGAGGAAACGUUUACAGCAUAACCACAAUGUUUAUAUAAUACAAAAUGGCUUAAAUAUGACCACACACUUCAGUUUGGAUAUCAAUAAAUAAUUAAGCACAAACAUAUUCACUAAACAUUUCUACGUGGCGGAAAUAUGUCGGUGUCGUAUUAAAAGCAAUUAAGAAUUUUUCGAUAAUUGGAAUAUCAGUCUUCCAUUAACAACGAUGGUUGCAUCCAAGUCCCGUGAAAGUCAGAAGUCUUCAACUAUUGAAUAACAAAGUAGCCCUUUUAAAUGAUAUUUUAUUGUUCUAAGAUCGAAAAAUAGCUCUGGUCAGAGCUAUUUAUGAUAACCCUGGGGUUAUCAUAAAUGUUUAUGGUUUAAUACUUAUCUUGCACGUUCUACGUACGUAGAACAAACUUUCCUUAAGGACUAAGGGCGGAUCGUGUAUCUGCAGACCCAUCUUUAAUAGGCUUUGAACAUCGAUAUAAUUGAUUUUAAGUUCAUGUAGACGGGUUUUUAAUGCAGCCAUAAUAUCAAUAAUAUAUAAAUUUCUGCUAAUAUAAAUUUGGAACCCUGUAGUUCCUGUGAAUUUCAUUUGCAUCAUCGACUUCAAAUACAUGCAUUACAAUAAGCAGUUAUCUCUAAAGAUUAAACUUUCUCAUAUUUUAUUUUUAACUAAAGUGGUUGGUACAUAUAUUGUGUGUACCCAUCUACCACCUACCUCAAAGCGCGAUGUUUUCUGGUAUGGGAAAAGGCUGAAAGAAUUCUGGUAAUGCUCAAAUCAAGGUACACGAUCAAUCUUUGAAGCCAUUGACUGUUAUACUGAGAAAUCUAGAAAUGUGAAGACUACCUAGUUCAUUUCCGUUCUACUAUUCUAACAAAUUGUUAAAGACUUUGAGUGACUUAGCUCAGAAUCGUCUACAGUAGGAAGGAUGUAUUCACUCUUUGUUCUUCGGCAGAUUCUAAGUUUCUGAAUACACACACUUUGUAGAAUUUUUACUACAUUAGUCCACAUUUUCUCUGAAAAUCGUAUCUUUGAUCUCCAACCAAUUUAAUACUGUUACUGUUUUCAACAAGGUUGACAACUUUCUGAUAACUAAAUAGGAAGCUACAUUUUUUGUUAGCUUAACGAUUUAAGGUACUUACACUGUGAUAUAUAUAAGUUUUCUUCGAAUUCAUGAAAAACAAUAACUCAGCAAUAUAGCACUGAAUUAGUCUGUUUUUGAUAUUAUUAUUAGACAAGUUGAGAUUCGCGCAUUGGUUCUUCUAUCUCUUUGUGGUAAAGUAAGUAGCAUUAGUUUCAACCACAAUUGAUCUACUUCAAGUUCAAAAUGUAUGUCGGGAUGUAAUUUGGUAAUUAAUUAAAUAAAGAUUUAUCCUCCACAUGCAUGUUUUUAUUUGUCUUUAACCGUAAAAGUAAAGAGAGAAGAUAUAUGACUAUCUGUACGUGGUUAUCUUACAUGAUCUACUUCAAUAUAAAACGUCAUCUAGAAAAUCCAUGCUUGAAUUUGAUUACAAGUAAAAUCAGUUGUCACAGUGAUGAGAGUUGACGCUUUCCUUCUGGGCUCAAAUACUUAGGCUUGAUGAUUAUUUAAGUCACCUGAUGACAUCUCUAAACAGGGCAGGCGUGUUUAAUAUUGAUCACAAUAUUAACUUAUUUCUUAAUGUUUCAUUUAUUUUUAAUAAGUAAACAUCAUUAUCAAAGCACAUUUACCCAUCUUUAUUUUAUUCAUAGUGCGGCUAUAACAAUAAUGGAUAAAACUCGAGUGGGAACGUCCCUUUCAAAAUAUAAGCAAUCCAACGAGGAUUUAACAUCAACGGCUCUUACUUGCAGAAUACAAGAUAAUUUGAACGUACUUAAAUGCAAAUUGAAUCUUGAUUUAGUUAACAAUGAUAGAUUAUAUCAUGACGAAAAAGUUGAUUUUGGUUCUAACGAUUCGAAACCUUUUGUACUCAAGUUUAUUGAGCAGAAAAAUAAAUUAUGCAGAAAUCAAUCAAACCAUGAAAACAUCAAUGCUAGUUAUAGCAAUACAAUAUCCCAAGGUAAAAUAUCCUCUAGAAAGAAACGAAAAUUCUUACCAAAAUUAAAUCAUACUGAACAUUUACUAGCAAUCAUUCCUAAAACUGGAACAGUCAACAAAAUCCCAAUUGAUUAUCAAGUUAAACAACAGAAUCACAAUAAAACAACUAUCGAUUCUUCCAAUGAAUGUAAUUUUGAUAAUCACACAAGAAUACAUCUUCAAUUCAAUAAUAAUGAUAUACAUGAUCAAUUGAAAAUUAUAUCAUACUGUAAAAAUAAACAAAUGAAAUUUGAAGCAAGUUAUCCAAAUACAAAUGUAGGUAUAACAAAGAACUUAACCAAUUUAAUUCAAUUAAAUCCAAAAGAAGAGAUUUUUGUUUGUGAUUAUCAAGAUGGAGAUUUUACAACGACUGGAAUUCAAGGACAGAAUAAAUUUGAUUAUAACUUGAUUAAAAAGAAAACAAUAGAAAAGAAUACUAUGAAAAGAAAACAUCUAAAGUCUAUUACAGAAAAGGUACCAGUUUUAUGUUCUAAUACAACAAAGAAAUGUUGUUCAUAUGGUAUACGUGAACCACUUGAACCUUGGUUUCCGUUAGAUUCAUUAUUAAAAGAAAGUAGUCGGAUAACCCGGAAAACAACUUCACAUUUACGCUUGAAUCGGUCUAAAAGUUGUGAUGUUAACAAUUUCAAAUUACCAUGGCAACCUGAACCCAGCAACUUAUAUCAUAGUUCACCGAAUUUAAUGAAUCAAACAAUUGGUGAUUUAAUUAUAAAUCAAAAUUUUUCAAGUAUAUUAAAUGAAUUAACGCAACAAAGAAAGUUAAUAUUAGAUAUGGAAGAUCAGACUACUGAUAAUCUGGAAGACAAGAUAUCACCAGGAGAUUGUACUUCCAACGAAAAGAAUAAAAUCUUUACAAUGAUCUAUUCAAAUAAUGAUUGUUUUGUACAUACUACUAAUAAUCAUAUGAAUGAGAUAGAAACAAAAUCAAUGAAUAUAUCUAAUUACCAUGACAACAAAAUUCCUCAAAAUUUAAAUAAUUCAAUUAUAUCAACUACACAAUUGAUUUAUUUAAAUUUAUCUGAUAUAGAAUUAUAUAAACAAAAUCAAUUAAAAAUCAAUAAUAAUAAUAAUAAUUUACAAAUUGAUUGGAUUAAAAAAAUACAAAAAUUACCUGAUAAUAUUGAACCAAUUUUAGAAUAUUUUGGAUCAACUAAACAAGAUCAAUUUAUGAAUAUUAAGUUAGUUACCAAUGAGAUAGAAAAUCUUACAUAUGAAAUUAACAAUAAUUCAUCCACUACCAGAUUAGCCUUUGAUUUAUGUCGACGUGGUGCAUUAUAUAGAAAAAUUGGAAAAUUACAAAAUGCAAAAGCUGAUCUACUUAAAUCUAUUCAAAUAGAAUCAAAAUUAUCAUCUGCUUAUUGGCAUAUACAUUUUAUAUUCUUACUUGAAGGUAAAAUAAAAGAGGGAUUAUAUCAUUUGGAACAAUGUAUAAAAUGUAUUAAUAUAAUGGAACCAAUACAGAAUUUUACUACUACUUCUAAGUUUAAUAGUACGACGACGACGACGGCAGCGGCGGUGACGAUAGUGAUGACUACUACGAACGCGACGGCGGCGGUGGCGACGACUACGACUACUACUACUACUACUACUACUGACAACAGAAAUAAUAAUAGUAAUAUGAAAAGUUUCAAUGCAAAUCUCUAUCAGUUUUAUCAUGAUAUUCUUAAUUCAAAAGCAUUUAUUUAUUCAUUAUUAAAUGAUUCUAAAAUGGAAAUUGAAAUAUGGACAAAAUUAAUUCAUUAUAAUUCAACAUAUGAAUUAGCUUAUGAGAAAAGAGCUAAUCUUUAUCUCAAGCUAAAAAUGUAUCAUCAAGCAAAUACUGAUUUUAUGAAAAUCCUCUGUAUAAAUCCCAAGUCAGUCUAUGCUCAAUUUCAAUGUGGUUUAUAUAAAUUUCACUCGAAGGAUUGGAGAACAGCAAUCUCUUAUUUUAAAAUGGUUCUUGUUAAUAAUCCAUCAUAUUUUGAAGCAAGAUAUUAUUUGGCUAGAAGUCUAUUAAAAUUAUCUAAUUAUAAUACAGCUUUAGCUGAAUUAACAACUUGUCUUUACUUUCAACCAAUGUAUUAUAAAGCUUUAUAUAUACGUGGUUGUCUACUGACUAAAACAUGUCCAUUACAAUCAUUACGUGAUUUAACAUUGUGUAUAUACAUUGGUAAUCAAAAAUAUCAAACUAUGGCUUUUAUUCAACGUGGAUUAAUGUUUAAUCAAUUAAAAAGGUAUAAAAUGGCAGUACAUGAUUUUCAAUCAGCUUUGAAUAAUGGAUCUCCUCAUACAACUGAUAUUUACCGUUUGUUAGGAUUAACCUAUAUGCAAUUGAAUCUAACAACUAGAGCUAUUCAAGCGUAUACAGAAGGAAUACAUAAAGAAACAAUACCCAAUAUAAAAUUGUUAUUAUGUAGAGCAGAAGCGUAUUAUCAAUCAAAUCAAUUUAACAAGGCAAUAUUUGAUAUACAACGUGUUAUACAUUUAAAUCCUCAUUUAGCAACUACUUAUUUAUUACUUGCAAAUUAUUUACAUAAAUUAACAAAUGCUCAAUUGAUUCCACGUUCUAUUCAACAAUAUUUAAGUUUAGCAGAAGAAUAUGGAAAUCAUAAACAAGCUAAACAAAUGGCAUUAGCAUAUUACUAUUUGAAGAAAUAUAAAGAAGCUGAAACCAUUCUGUUGGAAGAUACAAAGCAUCAAUUGAUAUUAAAUAACAUAUUAUUACUUGGUCUCAUAAUGGAUAAACAACAAAAAACAAUGAAUUCUAUUGAAUUAUUAAUAAGUAGUUUAAAGAAAUUAAAUUAUAAAAAAUCUAAGAAAGCUGAAAUUUAUAAUCAUCUUGGUCAAUAUUAUAUGAAAAUAGGAGAUUAUAUAUCAGCUAUUCAAGCUUUUACAAGUUUCAUUUAUUAUGAUUGUCAUAGACCACAUGUUUACUUAUAUCGUGCUCAAUCUACAUGUCAAUUGAUAGCUAUACACCUUCAAGAAAGAACUAUCUUACCUACUGAUUUCAAUGAUAAUGUAUUAGAUGAUAUAAGUCAUGCAUUAGCUUUAAUUCAUUCUGAAAAGUCUUCAGUUGAUCAUAUCUAUUUCAAUGAACCUAUUAAAUGUGUUGAUGUAAUUGAUCAAUGCUUAUUAACACGAAUUAUAUAUUUUGGCAUAAAUCAACGUUAUACAAAAGCUAUACUUAAUUGUAAUGAAAUUAUUCAUAGAAGAUCAGAAUGGACAAGAAUAUGGAUUUAUCGUGGUGUCUAUAAAUAUUUAUUAAAAACUUUGGAUUUUUCUGAAGCUGACUUAAAUAUAGCUAUAGAAAAAGAUCAAAAAUCUUCUUUAGCUUAUUAUAAUCGUGGUUUAUGUCGUCAAACACAAAAUAAAUGGAAUGAAGCUAUUGAAGAUUAUGAUCAAGCUAUUAAAUUUGGUUCUUUAAAUGGAUCUGUUCAAUUGAAUAGUUUAAUUAAUAGAUCAGUUAUAUAUAUAGAAAAGUAUCAAAACUAUCAUAAAGCUAUCAAUGAUUUAUAUCAAGCUAAAACUAUUAUGGAUAAAUUAAUGAAUUCUACAAUUCAAAAUGAGACUUUGUCAGAUUUGUUUAUUAAAUUAAUGUAUACAAUUGGUAUUUGUCAUCAAAGACUUGAAAUGUAUCCUGAAGCAGAACAGAUAUUCCAUAAUUUAACAAUUCAACAACCAAAUUUUCUACAAGGACAUAUUGCAUAUGCUAAUUGUUUAAUGGAUUAUGAAGGUUAUAAAAUAAAAAUGAAUAAAAUGAAUUCAAUGAAUUUAUGGAAUCAAGCAUUAAAUGAAUAUGAAUUUGCUUUAAAAUUAGAUAAAUACAAUUUAGAAGCAAGUAUUGGUUUAUCAAUGUGUUUACAGGUUCUAGGACGUUUAAAUGAUGCAUUAAAACAAAUCACACAUACUUUAAAUAUUUAUUAUAAUCAUCAAGAAUCUAACUAUAAUGAAUUAACAAAUGAGAAACACAAUAAAUUAUUAGCUGAUGUUUAUGAUUGUAGAGGUAUUAUAUAUUUACAACUUGGUAGAUUUCAACAUGCUAUUGAUGAUCUGACAAAUUCAAUUCGUUUAAAUCGUUAUUCAACAAAAUAUCUUAUUAAUCGUGGUGUUGCUUAUUUUUGUAAUCAACAAAUUAUGCCUGCUAUGAUUGAUUUCAAAAAUGCCAAUCAACUUGAUUCUACCAAUGGUUUAGCAUAUUAUCAUCAAGCAUUAAUUUAUUUACAUCAUGGACAAUUUGAACAAGCUGAAAAUAUAAUCAAUAUAGUAAUAAACAAUAAACAAUCUCCUUUAUUCACCACUGUUAACCAAUUACAAUCAAUAUGUUUAGAUCCAAGUAUAUGGUUACUAAGAUCAAUCAUUAAAUUGAUCAAACACAAAUCUAAUGAUCAUUAUGAUUCUAUAUUGAAAGAAGCCUUAAAUGAUAUUUGUUAUGCUGAACAAUUAAUAUUACCGAAAUUAAUAAAUAAAUUAACAUGUUGGCCACAUUUACAUUAUACUAAAGGACAAAUAUUAUAUAAAUUAAAAGAUUAUAUAAAAGCUGAUAAAGAAUUUACAAAAGCUCUUAGUUUAUUACCAUCGAAUAAGUAUAUCUAUCAAAUACGUUGUAAAUGUCGUGAAAAAAUGUAUCGUACCGGUUUGUGUAACUCAUAUGAAAAUGCAUUAAUUGAUUAUCGAUUAUCACUUUUAGCUAAUGAUGUAACUAUUCAAUAA